AUGCAUAACAAAUACAAGCUUUACGCACUUAUUUCGUCGAUUCUACUUGUCGUAUUUCUUCUUUUUCUGUGUCUAUCUGCGUUUUAUCAAACCGAGUGGGCAAUAAGUGUGUUGGAAUAUUACAAUCCUCGGGCAUUGAUUCGAUUCAAAAAGUGCCCCAUUAAAGCUGUUGCUCUUACAUUUGACGACUCUCCAUCGCAAGCAACGAAAUACCUCCUCGACAUCUUAAAACAGAACAAUGCAACAGCAACAUUUUUCCUGAUGGGCCUUCGAGUUGAUCAACUCACAAACAUCACAAAAAGGAUCACACGCAAACACCAGCAAAUAUUAAGAAACGGAAAUGACAUAGGAAACCACAUGUACAAUGAGUAUAGAGCAUUUGAGUUGUCACAAGCAGAUUUUUUUGGAGAAUUCAAUAAAACAGACUUUUUGCUUAAUCGUGGCUACUGGGACAACAACAACAAUUUUAAAUGGUUUAGACCUUCUUCAUUUUUUGCAAAGGAUUAUAUGUAUACCAUAGUCGAGAAAUAUGGAUAUAAAAUGGUGUUAGGAAGUGUGCAUUCCUUUGAUAUGCAGAUCCAAAACGGGAGAUAUAACAUGAUGGCGCUGAUGGGGAGAAUUAAAAGUGGUGAUAUAGUCAUCUGCCAUGAUAUUCUCCAAAGCGUUGGAUAUAUCGAGAGUUUAGUUGUGUAUUUGAGAUCACAAGGUUACGAGAUAUUAAGUCUUUCAAAGAUGUACGACCUUUGUGAAGGGAAAAAAUAA